AUGACAACCACCAGCACUCCUUCUUUGAGCCCUGUGCUAAUCACAGGCGGAUGUGGGUUUAUCGGCUUUCACCUCAUUAAUCAUAUUCUUGAAUCCGAACCGACUUGCGAGAUCCAUGUUUUGGACAUCAAUACCACCAGAAAUCGAGUCCCCAAUGUGACCUAUCAUACCUGUGAUAUCACUAGUCUUCCUGGUGUUGAGUCGGUGAUGCUUCAGGCACAGCCGCGUACUAUCUUUCAUGUUGCAUGUCCAGACUCCAUGGUGCUUCAGCCUUCGGUAUUCCAAGAAGUCAAUGUCAACGGCGCCCAAAACUUGAUCUCCGCAGCUUUCAAAGUAGGAACGGUUCAGGCAUUCGUUAAUACCUCUACAUCAUCGGUCAUUCACGACAAUAUCAGCGAUCUGAUUGAUGCUGACGAGGAUCUUCCUGUUCUCAAAUAUCCAGCACAAAAGCGUGUUUACACUCUUACUAAAGCGGUCGCUGAAGCCGAGAUUCUUGCAGCCAACCGAAAAUAUGGCGACUCCUCAAUGCUGACUGUAUCUUUACGUCCUGCCACCGCUUUCGGUGAGCGAGAUACGAUAUGUAUGGGCAAGAUCGUCGAUGUCUGCCGACAAGGAAAAGGAAAAUUUCAGAUCGGUGCCGGCAAAAAUGAAUACGACUUCAUCUAUGUUGGAAACCUAGCUGAAGCACAUAUUCUAGCAGCUCAAGCUCUUUUGAGCGCCUAUGGAAAGCCGGUACCACCGCUCGAAACUCGUGUUGAUGGUCAAACAUUCAACAUUACCAACAAUGAGCGAAUCUUGUUCUGGGAGUUCCAGAGACGUAUCUCUGCGGCGAUUGGAUUUCCUAUCAAGGACGAAGAUAUUAAGAUCAUUCCUAAAUGGCUUGCACUGCUCAUGGCGGUUAUUGGGGAGUAUAUUACUUGGAUACGAAGUUUCGGCAACCGGCAGCCGAGAGUUACUAGGGAAUCGGUCCGUCUGACAACAAUCAUUCGCACCCUAAACGGCGAUAAAGCAAAGAGAGUUCUUGGUUAUACUCCAAAGGUGAGUAUUCUUGAGGGUAUAGAGAGAGGUGGGAAGUGGUUUGUGGAGCAGGCAGAAGAUGGGAAAAAGGUCAACUGA